ACACGAUUGCGUUAGCCAUGGAGGACUCGAAGCUCCAACGAUUGCACGACACGUUGAAGAAGCUAGCGCCUAAGGGUAAUCAUGGUGGCCUCGGGAGCGCGGGGCUGGUGAGGGGUGGAUUCAAGCAGAGGGACAACGGCCUUCCCAAGAAUGGUCUCUACUCGUACUUCGUGAAGCCCGGGCACUUCAAGACCACCUUCGCCGACAGCGAUGACGACGACGACGACGAAAAGAGCGGCGGCAGCGGGGACGAGAAAGCGAAGCGAAAGGCCAAGAAGCUUAAGAAGCGGGAGAAGAAGGACGCAAAAAAGGCCAAGAAAAGGGCCAAGAAGGAGAAGGCCGCGGCGGCGGCGGCGGCAGCAGCAGCAGCAGCAGCAGCGGAGUUGUCGAGCCAAGGGGUGACGGGUGGAGGGUGCGAAGAAGGAGAGAAGAGCAAACGAAAACCCCAAGGGACGGCUGCGCCCUCCAAUGGCACCGCUUCGGACGGGGAAACGCCUCGCAAGGAGAAAACCAAGCGAAAACGAGCAGGAACUUCCGUCGCUGCGAUGGAUGGCGAGGGUGCCAAGAAAACGAAGAAGUCGAAGAAAAUGGAGGAAGCGGGCCUCGAUCGAGCAGGAGACGUUAGCGACGUCCCCACGAAGAAGAAGAGAAAAAGGUCUGCCGGGGGGAAUGGGGACGAGGGGACCAAGAGCGAGGCCUCAAGCGAGGAAAAGGAGAGGGGGAAAGUGGGCGAGUCCGCCGCUGCGAACGGGUCGACUUCGAGCGAAACGAGCACCACCGGCGGCGAUACGGAGAAGAAGAAAAAUAUAAACGGAGGGAAAGCGACAGAUGCAGUAGUAGAGAAGGCGGCAAACGGCACAGCCGAACCGAGCGCCAGCGGCGGCGGCGGCGGCGGCACUGAGAAGAAAAAAAAGAAACGAGGGAAAGCAAGAGAACCAGCAGCGGAGGAGGCGGCAAACGGCACCGCUAAUGGAGUGUGCGGCAACGGGGUCGGGGACGACGAGGGAGUGGCGCAAGAGGGAGCUGUACCAAAAGCCAAGUCGGGGAAGAUGAAGAAACCGAAGUUCGGCAAGGCCGAGGCUGUAGAGGAGGAGGCGGCGAAAUCGCCGGGAAAGAGCAAGAAGAAGAAGUCGAGAGGAAGGGAGGGGGGAGACAGCGAAGCAGCUGCUGCAGAGGGCAGCGGCGAGAGCAAGGUCAAGAAGGACAAGAAAUCGAAGACGAAGAAGAAGCAAGCCGCUCGCGCUGCUGCAGCAUAGAAGCCGGACUCGUUUGAUCGAGCCUAUUACUCUCCCUUCUUCCCCUCGCUCCUCGACAAGCUUUUGCUUAGACAUGGGUUGUAGCGAAGGGGGGGGUCUUUCUGGCGAGCAGGGCUAGACUCACCCUCACGGGAUGACCGAAACCUUCUUGCUGCUGCGCAUACGCCGCGAGGCGUGCGUGUGGUGAUGGAGUUGGGUCGGCACUGAUGGGGUCAGGCGGGAAAAUGUAGAUGCGCGGGCCUUUCUGGCCGUCGGCGUAGGCAGUGAUGCCCAUCUCAUUUUUGUGCGCGGAGGCAGACACCAUCAGAAAGGUGGACGGGCACUACACGGCCCUAGAUGCUAGAGGGAGCUGUAUUGCCUCAGUAACCUGGCUUCGCCAUCAAAGGAGGAGGGAGCAGGUGGCGACGAGCUGAACUGGGCUGGUUGACCCCUUCGGCGCGAGAAUUUUUAUUUUUCAGACCAAGAACCUUGAGUGCAACGAGGGAGAAAGCGAGGAACCGACUGGGAAGGACAGCAACGAGAGCGUGUACGGACGGAGCAGGUCGAGUGGCGUUAUGCUCGGGCUGACUACAGCGGCGCCGGAUGGAGCAGCGGCACCGGAGCAUGCGGGCGACAUCGACCCGUGGCGCACGGACAAACAUUUAUAUCUGAUCUGUGUUGUCAAUUUUUCUCGUUUUUUUCCUGAUUUUCGGUGUUGGUUCUAUGUGAUGACGUCGUCACUGGUUUUGUAGAGAGACCCGUCAGAGAUGGCGUGGCUAACCCGGGUGCAUUGGUUUUGUGCCUGAUCGUGGAAGACCCCUUCAAUGUGGAACGAUUCUUAGCUAGUGUCGAUAUUUUUCACUGCAGUGCCUAACACAGACGAUCGGGAGAGAUUCGGGUGAUUGUCAAUUGCUGCUAUGACGGCUUUGGUUGGUUGUUAUUUUUCACUGUACGGCCGCAGACACAUUCUGACAGCACUUCAGACAGCAGCUUUGUGCCCCGCCAGCUGCUUGUUCCAUGCCUACCAUGGUGUUUUUGUACAGACAGCACUUCAGACAGCAGUAUGCUGUAGUCGGCAAUCUUCCGUUUUGGUAUAGAGUGGGACAGGGAGGGGGUGAUGCUACUGUAGUCGAACGGUGGGACGGACGUGCAGUUCAGUUUUUGGGCACGCAUACGGUGCUGCAGGGAUUUUUAGGUGUACCUCUUCGGUUUCUUGGAUACCUGUUUCUCGUUAUAUGUGUGCGUGUUCUUUAGAUCCU